AUGGUAGCGACGGCGAUGUACGAAGUCACCAGUCAGUCACAGUAGUUAUCGAUGUCUAACUUGGGUAGAUACCAAUAAUCCUUCGCAGGCGACUUGUUCCCUAUGUGAAUAUUUCCUCCUACCCCUGUAAACCCGUAAAACGACGAAACUCUAUAAAGUGGUGAAUCAUUCAGUAUAAAUAUUACAUACUGCUGGUGCAAUCGCAAUAGUUGUCAACUUGGCAAAGUCGCCAUUUUUAUCGAGUCACUAGUUACCAGGCACUCCCGGUAAAAUUCACUCUAAAACAACAAUAGGUUGCGUGAUUGAUGACUCGAACAUGCAAUCUUCCAAAAUAUUUUGUAGAUUUUUCUUUAAUCUAAAGCCGUUUCGAUCGUGUCGAAGGUCAGUCCAUAGGCUUUAUGUACCCAAAUGUGAAAGGACUGAUCAAGAACUUGAAGAAGUUGUAAGGAAAAUCGACCAUCAUAUUGAGAGCAGUCGACGCCUUUUCGUAAUAACCGGAGCGGGUAUUUCUACGGAAUCUGGGAUCAGGGAUUAUCGUUCCGAAGAUGUUGGUUUGUAUGCAAUCAGCGAGAGCCGACCCAUUCAGUAUGCCGACUUUCUAAACAGCGCCGCAAAUAGAAAGAGGUACUGGGCAAGGAACUAUGUUGGCUGGGAUGAGUUUUCAACAAGAGAGCCGAAUACAGGCCAUUUUGCCCUGGCAGAGCUAGAGAAAAUAGGCAAAAUACAUUGGCUGGUGACGCAAAAUGUCGACGCUCUGCACACCAAAGCUGGUUCUCAAAGAAUCUCAGAGCUUCAUGGUUGUGCACACAGGUAGUGUAUGGCUGUUUAGCAGUCUGAUUCACUUAGGCAAUCAACCAGUCAGUCAGUCAGUCAGCACAUCAAUCAACCAACAGAUCAAUUUAUCCGUUGGUCAAUAAUUGCAGUUAGUCAAUCAGUCAGUCAAAGAGGCAGUCGGUCAGUCAGUUAAAGAUUCCAUGAUUCCCUUUGUUGGUUAGUAACUUUGUCAGCCAGUUGGAUCUAAACAACUAGUUGGUCAGUCAAACAGGUGCUUGAAUCAAGCAAUCAGUCGGACAAUCGGUCAGUCAGCCAGUCAAAACAGGCAGUCAGUCAAUAUCUAGUCAGUUAUUAAUAAAUUCACUGAAUAAUUAACUUAAUCAUAAAAAUUACAAUUUCCUCAAUUGUGAUUAGUUUCAAAAACUCCUAAUUUCCACCAAAUUUACUUGCCAAGUUGUUAUCAGUUUGUUUAUCAGACAGUUAAAUAAGCCAAUCACAUUCAAAUUUGUGGUUUAAAUCAAUCGAUUACAUUCAAAGUUGUAGUUUAAUCAACUAAUUACAACCAUAAAGCAAUUUACACCUCCUUUGUCAGUAUUUUAAUACAAAUUUUCCCCUUCUUUCAUAACUUGGCUAUUUGUCUUUUCUUGGAAAUUGUUUCUCCAGAUAAACAAGUCACACUGCUGAUGCAUGGUUGUCCAAUUUUUUAAUCACUCGUAUGAUUACAAACCAAAUUGGACUCCACUCAGUCCUAUUACCAUUACUAAGUUCAUAAUUAAGUCAGUUAUAGGAAGUCAGGGUUGCUUUCCUAAAUAUGUGUCCUUGGUACUUCAGAUUGAAGUGAGUGAAAUGCCUGGAAGUGACUUUAAGUACCUUCCACUCAACUCAGUUGCAAUCAACAACGUUUAUAAGCUUGUCAUACCUUGUCACUAGGAGUAAAUCUCUAACCUUUCAGG